UGUUGUAUGUAUGCAUCUGGUCCAGAAGUAGCAACUUGUUAGCGAUUAGAUAGGUUUGCAAGUGGUGUACGAAUUUCCUUGAACCGGUCAAUAAAAAACACAAAAUGCUUUUUCAAGACUACCCUGUUACUCAUCUUGCUCCUAUGGCCAACAACAACGCUCAUUCAUCCCCGACUUUUUCAUAUUCGUCAUUCUCUUUUAGUCACUAAUCAUAUGUAAUGAUGUAUUAAGUUGGUCUGUUAUUCAAGCCUAACUUAGUUUUUUCUCUCCUAAUUUAAAAAAAAAAAGAAAAAGAAAACCAUGGUGCUCAUCUUGAUUCUACUAUGUAUGCUAGUUCAACCCUCAAAUUCGUUUCCAGUGACAAUAGACUAUACGAUAUGGGAUUGCUAUAACAUAUCAUUAAAUAAUUAUCCUAUUCCUGUCGAAACCUCAAAUCAAAACACUGUCAAAUUACUCUCCACUUUGGUCUCCCGAAUCUCGACAUCUGAACAUGGGUUCGUUACAUACGGGUCUGAGACUCAUCAAGGUCGUUUAUACGGCAUGGCCUCGUGCCGAGGUGACAUAAAUUCCGACGACUGUCAAGAUUGUGUUCAAAAGGCUAGCAACCAGCUGGUGAUUAAUGUCUGUCCAAGGGCUAGACAAGCUAUACUCUGGAAGGAACAAUGCAUGAUUCGAUACACAAAUAAUCAUUCCUUGUUCUCUUUCCUAGAAGAAGAACCUUUGAAAGUGCGAUACAAUUUUAAUAAUUUCACGGACCACGUAAACGAUUGGAUCAAGUUAGUAAAGAAUACGAUGGACGAGGUAACAUCAACGGCCGCUUCCGACAAGUCCGGCGGCAACUUUGCAGCUAAGGAUGCGUGGUUUUCACCAAUGAACAAGACUUUGUUCACUACGGCUCAAUGUAAUCCUGACUUGAAGACGGAUGAUUGCGCUGAUUGCUUAACUGUAGCCCGUUCCAGGUUUUAUGACAUUAGGCAGGUAGGAGGGCUUGUGCUGACGCCCAGUUGUACUGUUAGGUAUGAAAUUUAUCCAUUUUAUAGGAAUUCUAGUAACGGCCAAUCACCGUUCUCGACCUUGGCUCCUCCGCCUCAACAUAUUGCAACAAUCACUGCUUCAGGAAAGAAGAAAAUAUCAGCCACAAAAGUAGUGGUAGCAAUCGUUGUGCCAUUAGCUGUCUUAGGAAUGAUAUUUGCCAUAACCAUUUACCUCUUUAAGAAGAAAUCAAAGAGAUACCCUUCUCAAGACGUUAGAAAUGUGCUUGAUGAUUUGAACACCGCGGAGUCCUUGAUGUUCGAAUUGGGGGUACUUGAAGCUGCCACUAACAACUUUUCGGAGGACCGAAAGCUUGGCCAAGGUGGAUUUGGAACUGUCUAUAAGGGAACCCUGUCAAAUGGAGAAGAUAUAGCAGUUAAAAGACUAUCAAAGACCUCUGGCCAAGGAGUGGAAGAGUUCAAGAACGAGGUGGUGUUGAUAGCAAAUCUUCAACAUAGAAAUCUUGUAAGGUUGUUGGGAUUUUGCUUAGCAGGGGAGGAGAAGUUACUUGUUUAUGAAUAUGUUCCCAACAAAAGCCUGAAUUACUUCUUGUUCGAUGAAAAAAGGCAAGGAGAAUUGAAUUGGCCUACACGCUACAAUAUAAUAAAAGGCAUUGCUAGAGGACUACUCUAUCUUCAUGAAGACUCUCGGCCAAGAAUAGUCCACCGUGACCUUAAAUCAGGCAAUGUUUUGCUUGACGAAAAGAUGAACCCCAAAAUUGCAGAUUUUGGUUUGGCGAGGAUGUUUAAGGUUGAACAAACAGAGGCCGACACCAGCAAAAUUGUUGGGACGUAUGGUUAUAUGAGUCCAGAAUACGCUAUGCACGGUCAGUUUUCUGUAAAAUCAGAUGUGUAUAGCUUUGGCGUGUUAGUAUUGGAGAUUAUAAGUGGACAAAAGAUUAGCGCAAGACACCACCUAUCAGGUGUAGGAGACCUCUUGACCCAUGCAUGGAGAAGUUUCACGGAAGAAAACCCGUCGGCAUUUAUGGAUCCAACAUUGAAAAGCUCAUACGUGAAUGAAGAAGUUGUAAGAUGCAUUCACUUAGGCUUAUCGUGUGCACAAGAGAACACAAAUGCGAGACCAACCAUGUCAACAGUUGUCCUUGUGCUCAAUUGUGACUCUACCACCAGUACGUUAUCGACGCCUCAAUGCCCUCGCUCCUUUUAUAGUAGCAGUGCAGAUUCCUCAGUUGUAUCAAGGUUAAGUGUACCUUCAUCGAUGACAACAACGAGUACUAAUGAGUAGCUAGUGAUUUAGACCUUAGAUAGUAUUUGUAUAAAAUAUACUAAUACAAUAAUUUUUUUGUCUUGAAAAUUUAAUUAUAACCCCAAAUUUUCUUUUAGAUUUGUAUCAUAAUAUUCAAAACGAUUAAAUUGUGUAGUGUUUCUUUUUA